AUCUUCUGUCGCCAAGGACCUCUGGUAAUAAAUGUUCCUCUGCAGUUUGUAGGGACAGUUUAUAACCAGAUGUACCAAAUCAUCAGGCGUUGCAUUCUCUAUUCAUAUUUUCAGGUGACUAGUACUUGCUCGACAGCAUCAUCCAUCUCCAGUCGAGGGAGGAUCCGCUCACUCGGCUCGACAGAAGCAUAUCCUGUGCAUAUUCACGUUAAGUCUGUUGUUCGUACCACACAUCGCGACGCUGGUUGACAACGAGACGUACAAGGGAGCGAUGUCGCAUGAGGAGCUUAUGGUGGGGCUAGUUUUCAUUUUUGAAUACUAAUAAUGGGUUUACUGGCUGGUUUGUACCUUAAUGGGUCAGCUUUAGACGAUAAUGCGGAGUUAGUGGUGAGCGAGAAGGAGGCGGUCUGGGAUUCUGGUCCUCCUUACGUCCAUUGAAUGCAAGUGCCGGGCAAGUUGUCAACAUUGCUGUCAAGAUUCAUUGUCAGUCUCUGUCUUUGGGGGCUGGACUGACCACCACUGGAUGCUUCCCGAGCAAUCCCCCGCCGGGCUGAAGCGGACACAUUGUAACUCAGCUCUGUCUGGAAGGGGGCGUGACGAUCUCGCCGGCUUAAGAAUCGACUCAAUUUGCCCAGAGACAACGCUGUUGGUUUGUUGAUCGGUGGCAUCCUGCGAGAGACCGCGGAGAUUCACACACAUAUUGCCUUAUUAGCCGAGCAGAAUUCAAAGCAAGUUUGUAGGCGCCGUGGAUAAUGGCUCUGGCGUGCUGCCAUUGAGUGCUAGUGGAGAAGGGAGCUGGGUGGGAGCGCAGAGUACCAGGCCGUCUUUUCGGGUCUGGCAAUUUUGCGCUUGUGCUUGAGCUACCGCGAUGGGGACUUUAUCUGACACUUCUUAUGAAGCCGCUGUGGAGAAGCUCAAUACGCUUAUUCACAGAAAUGAUGGUGAUUUGGGUCCGGAGAUGAGACGAAGUUGGGAGAAUAAUUUCAAAAUGACAUUCAAACACAUAAAGAUUCUAGAGCUGGAAGAGCCUGUGAAGCGGCUGAGUAUUAUACAUGUCGCCGGAACGAAAGGAAAGGGUUCAACAUGUGCGUUCUCGGAAAGUGUAUUGAGAGAGUCUGGUUUCAAGACAGGACUAUUUACCUCUCCGCAUCUUCUUGACGUUCGGGAAAGAUUCAGGUUUGAUGGGCUCAUGGUUUCCAAGGAGUUGUUCGCCGAGUCCUUCUGGCAUGUUUAUAAUCGUCUUGAGGAGCAUAAGGACACUGCCCCAGUGCCAGGGUUCUUUCGUUUUAUGCUUUUGCUGGCCUUGCAAAUGUUCACUUCCCAACGUGUUGAUGUCGCUAUACUGGAGGUGGGUUUGGGUGGACGACUAGAUGCAACAAACGCGAUCAGAGCUCCAGCUGUUACUGGAAUCUCAUCAUUGGGGUUGGAUCAUUGUGAUCUUUUAGGUAACACUAUAGAUCUGAUUGCCGGUGAAAAAGCAGGCAUUUUCAAGCCGGGUGUACCAGCAAUAACAGCUCCUCAACCAGAAGAGGCCAUGGAAGUACUUAGGAAGAAGGCAGCGGAUCUAGAGAUACCUCUUGAAGUUGCCCCUCCUUUAGAAACCUAUGGGUUACAUAACUUGCAACUGGGUUUGAAAGGAGAUCACCAACGGUUGAAUGCAGCACUUGCUGUUGCGUUGUGUAAGACCUGGGCAUGGCGGACUGGAAAUGAAGAACACUGGAGAUCGGCGAUGGUGACGGGAGGUCUUCCAGAGUCCUACGUGAGAGGUCUUGAAAAGACGCGUUGGCCAGGACGAGCUGACAUUGUGGAGGAUAAUUUAGAUCUUCGCGACGAGGAGCCCUCAUUAGAAAAAGGGAGCUUCAAAUUCGGGAGGCUUCAGUUUUUUCUGGACGGAGCACAUAGUCCAGAGAGCAUGGAGGCUUGUGGCAAAUGGUUUUGCGAUGAAGUAGAGGUUGAUAAAAAAUUGAAGAAGGCAAAUAACAAAUUAUCGAAUGGCAUUACAAACACAAACGGGGACGUUAUUUAUCAGCGGGUACUACUCUUCGGUUGCAUGCCAAGGCGAGAUCCCGUGUCACUUCUACCUCCUCUUGUGAACCUCUGUUCCCAGCAAGGGCUGCCAGUCGAUAUGGCGAUUUUUGCACCUCAAUCAUCGAGCUACGUCUCUAUCACUCCGAUUAAGAACGCGCCUAAAGCUGAUUUUUCAUGGCAACUGACCUUACAGAACCACUGGGAGUCAUUAAGGAAAUCAAAGCUAGAAGAAGGUAAUAGACUUUCUACAGCAACUGGGGCAGGCAGCAUGGAUUUGUUAUCGAGCCUAGAGGAGAAGAAAGGAGGUUGUCAAUCCAUCGGUCCCUCGAGUGCUGUUAUGGCAUCGUUGCCAGCAACGUUAGAAUGGUUAAGGUCUUGCGCCAGACGACAUCCCCAAAUGCACAUCCAGGUGCUGGUGACCGGUUCACUUUACUUGGUAGGAGAUAUGUUGAAACUUCUCAAGCACUAAUGGCUGAGUAAUACUCGUGUACUUUUGUUUUGCGCACCCUUGCGGGUAGCGAAUGUGAAGAGCUGUUGCAUAUCCUCAAAUAUCCUGAAGCUCGAAUGCCAUUACAUUUGGAGAACCCCGGAUCUUUAGAAUCCCAGCGGGUCGGAAGCAUCUGUUUAGAGAGCAUCUGUCGAGCAGACGGGUCUUUGUAUACUUACCCCAAAGAUGUAGAUUUAUUUGAGACUUCUUCAUUGCGAAAAGAAUGCAGGAAACUGGAUGGCAAUCGACGGCCUUGGAUAGAAUCGAAAUAGGGCUAGUGCUAUUAGAAGAACCAAGUUGUAAUAGGAUGAAUUUUGUUCCAAUUUUUUGAUAUAACCAAAGACGCAGGAAUUCUGUGAUUGCUCUUUUUCUACGCAGGACUUACAAUCUGUAAAGCGUCUUGUGGUCUCCGAAUAACCCGACCUUCUCCUCUCAUAGCCAGACUCCAGAGACUGCUUGUAGACUGCCACCUUCUGUAUACAAGUACAAUUUUUAAACAGUUGCUUAAUAUUAUUGCAUAUGUGAAGGUGGUGAUACCCGAAUUACUCUGG